CUGGAAAGACCAAUGAGGAUGAAAUCCAAAUUGAACUCCAUAAACGAGAGAACGUAGAGAAAGCUGGAAUGGAAACUAUACAACAAAAAGGAACUCCCAACAAAGUGGAAAAGGAAAAAGAGACUGGUGAAAUUCUGGAGCCUAAGUUGGCAGUACCAGUACCUGAGGGGCCAACCAUCACAUCUGAGGAGAGAAAUCGUAUACCUGCCACUUACACUAAAGGAUUAGAUAAGAAGUCAAAGAAAGCAAAUAUUUCAAUGCCUAGGUUUGGAAUAACACAAACGGAUAUUAGAUUCCCAGACAUUGGGAUUGGACUACCAAAAAGAGACACCUCGGUGGAAAAGAAGGAUGAGGUCAAAGAUGAAAGCAAUGCAUUGCACCUUGAAAUGAAAAUGUCAGAGGCUGAAAUUAAACUCAGCAAAGUACCAGAUUCGGAAUAUUCCACUAUCAAAACUCAUGUGACAGACCAUCAAACACCUACAAUACGAACUUUAUGCUCAGAAACAAUGCCAGAGGUACCUUCAUCUGACAUUAAAGGAGCAGUUAUGGGCAUUGAUGUCCAAUCUGUUGAUGUCGGGAGAGCAGACAUCCAAAUACCGGAUGUUGAAGUCGAAGUACCCUCCGUUGAAGUUGAAAUACCAGAAACAGUUUAUAAAGAUAUUGAUGUGAAAAUGAAUAAACGACAGAUAUCAUUCCCCAAAAUUGGAGUUAAAGCCCCAGAGAUUGAUGUUAGUGUGCUAAAACCAGACAUCUCUCUUCCCGAGGGAAACAUGGAGGUCAAAUUGCCUGAGGUGGAAAUUGAAGUUCCAGAGCUUCAAGUGGAAGUGAAAGAUACUGUAGGGUCCCCCUCAAGAUUUAAAAUCCCAACUUUAAAAUUCCCUCAAUUUGGAACAGUUGCUCCAAUCGUCACAGUAGAGUUACCUGAUGUGGACAAGGAUAUCAAACUUCAUGGAACUGAAAGACCAGAACCCAAGCUGUCAAUAUCAGGAAAAGUUCAUGCAGUUGACUUUGAGAAACAGAGUGACUUUAAAAAAUCUAGUGUUAAGAUCGCAUCUAUAGAUGUGGAUGUGAAGACUAAAGGACUUGAACUGGAGGGACAAGGAAGCAAGUUUAAACUGCCAAAUCAGGGAAUUUCAUUACCAAAAGUAAAAGGUCCUGAGAUCGAUUUAGGUGUAUCGAAGAAAGACAUAGAUGUCACUUUACCAGAGACCAACGUGGAGAUCCAACCACCUGAUGUUGAACUCAAAGUGUCUUCUGGUGAAGUUGAAAUGCCUGAGCGAGCUGCUACAGAGAUUGAUGUGAAAGUGAAAAAGCCACGGAUUUCAUUUCCAGGGCUUGGAUUUUCAAAACCUGAAGUAUGUGAGGUUGAUGUCAGUCUUCCAAAGGUGGAUAUUUCUCUUCAAGAAGGAAAUGUGGGAGUCAAAAAGUCAGAGGUGGAAAUGACAGCUCCAGAGAUUCAAGAUGAAGUGAAACAUGAUAUUGAGCUUGAGGGACAAGGAAGUAAGUUCAAACUACCCAAAUUUGGAAUCUCAAUGCCAAAGGUAAAAGGUCCUGAGAUUGAUUUAAGUUUAUCAAAGAAAGUCAUAGAUGUCACUUUACCAGAGGACAAAGUGGAGGUCCAACCACCUGAUGUUGAAAUCGAAGUGCAUUCUGGUCAAGUUCAAAUGCCAGAGGGAGCUGCUACAGAGAUUGAUGUGAAAAUGAAGAAGCCCCGAAUGUCAUUUGGAUGGUUUUCAAAACCAGAAGUGAAAGCACCUGAGGUUGAUGUCAGUCUUCCAGAGGUGGAUAUUUCUUUUCCAGAGGAAAAGUGGAAGGUCAAAGAGCCUGAGAGAAAUGAAACUCCAGAGAUUCAAGCUGAGUGA